GUUAUGAUCGUACAACUGUAGCAUUUUCUCAAUCUAUUAAUAGAAUAGAUCAGAAGGCAAUAGAUACAAAUGAAUUAAUUGAUGAAAUUAAAAUAUUAGCAGUUUAUCUUUCAAAUCACCAAACAGUUACAUUUUCUGAAGAAGAUAAUUUGUAUGAUAUAAUUAAUAAUGAAACUAGAUAUAAAACUACUUUAACAGCUUGGUUUCAAGAAAAUAUGAAUAAUACUGAAGCACAAAAUUAUAAAUAUACUGACUUUCCAAUAUAUUAUACUUGGAAUGCAAAACUUCACAA